GGGAAGUUGAGUGCUCAACUGACAACCGUAACAUGUGACGCACCGAAGAUAUGUAGGUGAUCAAUGGCAUUUUUGCUUAUUUGACGCGAGCGCUUGGAAAGCGAAGGCUCGCUGAAGCAGAGUUGGACCUGUUAAGUUUUUUGGGUGAAUGGUUCGUGUAACACCCAACUAUAAAGCGGUCUGUUCUCGGGUAGACAAGCGUCUGCUUUGAGCGUGUAUCGGAAUUAGUUUACACCAAGUUGCUUUUUGGACUUUUUUGUGUUUCUUUGUAAAAUGAGGAACCCGUUGGACAGACGCUUUUAGGAUUGUUCUUCGGAGACAACAGCCCUUCUCGGACCUCCGUCGCCGGGCGAGAGUCAGGCAUCGUCCGUUAGAGGAGUAUCAGAAUGAUAAAGCCCAAAGUGGGUCGGAUGUUUCUGGCGACAUGCGUCGGAUCGUUUUUCAUUCUUAUAUUAUACUUCCAGAACAUCUCAAGAUCUGCUUCUGAACAGAUUUCGGGCUGGAACAGUUUCUCAGGUAAAUCGGGAAGAAGUCCUUUGCAGACUCUACAAGAAAAUGACCAGCUGGAGCAGUCUGCAGUGCAAGCCACUCUGCAGGGUCGAAGGGAACUCCUGGAGGAAACCUGUCGCACCCACACCCGCAAAAGACGCGUACUUGGCCCGGAGGACCUCCGCCACCUCAUAGUGGACGAUAAACACAAGUUAUUGUAUUGCUACGUCCCCAAAGUGGCAUGUACAAACUGGAAACGUGUGUUGAUGGUACUAACAGGAGAUGGGCGCUAUCGCGAACCACUGGCUAUUCCGGCCAAUGAGGCUCACGUAGCGGGCAACCUGCGUUCGCUCUCAGAGUACUCCACGGCUGAGAUCAACAAGCGCCUACGCACAUAUCUGAAGUUUGUCUUUGUGCGCGAACCCGUCGAAAGACUUGUCUCGGCAUAUCGCAACAAGUUUACCCGUAGUUACAACACAGCCUUCCACAAACGCUACGGGACCAAAAUCAUCCGGAGGCAUCGUGAGGACCCCCAGGCUGAAGCACUGGAAAAAGGCAACGAUGUCUCCUUCGAGGAAUUUGUGUAUUAUUUAGUAGACCCCCAGACUCAGAGAGAGGAACCGUUCAAUGAGCACUGGGAAAGGGUUCACUCGCUUUGCCACCCUUGCUUGAUCCAUUAUGACGUGGUGGGCAAGUACGAGACUCUUGCGCAAGAUUCGCGCUACAUCAUGAAGUUAGCAGGUGCCGAAGGAGAGGUCAAAUUCCCGGCCACCUCCAAAAGCACCAGGACCACGGGUGACAUGGCCGCCAAGUUCUUCGACAACAUCAGUCCUUUUUACCAGAAGAAACUCUUCAACCUUUACCGAAUGGACUUCUUGCUUUUUAACUACUCUGUGCCGGCAUACUUGAAGUUGAGAUGAGGGUUUCAGCAAGUUUCAUCUGAUCCAUAACUUGCACACGCGGAUGUGAGUCUUGCGGGCACUGAUGCUUAAACUUUCGCUCGUGUCUGGAUUCGAGUGAAUUACCUGAGGGAACCUGUAGAUGAUGCGUCUUGGAUAUGGCAUCGCCCUCGCUCCCUUGAGGCAAAAUUUAGCAUUGUGAACAGAUUAGUGCUGGCGGGGGUGUUUCAUCCCAUCCCGAAAGUUCACAAAAUACUGUCUGUAAUUCCUUUGGCUUUGGUAACUUGCGACCGAGCUCCAAGUAUGUGCCUUUGUCCUUCUGAAUGUUGAUAAGUGAAGCGGGAUUCCUCAUCAACAGACAAAUGCUAUGAAUGUUUAAUCUCCUUUAAUCUUCACCACCCAAAAGGAUAUUUAUGGUAUUGUUUACGAAGCAUAUUUAUUGUGGAUUUUGCUCUUGAACUGGAACCAGCAAAGCCUUGACGUUAAUCUCGAAGAGAUUCCAUGAAGCUGAUCUCAAAGACUCCUUUUUAACAUUCCCUGGAUAUGAUUUCAGACCUUAACCUUACGCCCAAUCACAAAGGUAGUUUCCAAGUAACAAACCAUCAACUUUUUCAAGCAGAUAGCUGGUAACAUGUUGGAAGGAGACAAGGGUAAGGGAAGAAUUUAGACUUCUGCAUUCGCAAACUGGACAAGGCUGUCUACCUUGGCUGGUUUAGCUACUCUGGAAAGAAAUGGUGUUAUCACAGAGCCACCUCUUUAUUUAGCAUGCAGCGGGCUAGGUAAACAGUGCAUAGCUGUGGUUGGGGAAAGGUAGACCCUCAUCAGUGCGGCUCUUGUUAAGCUAUGGAUGCAGGGUGAGGUCUAAACUACUCACUGGGCAUUGCAGGUCAAACAUCAGCAUGAUCCCGGGAGGAAACACUCGUCUUAUGAAUUUAUAAUAAGGGUUGAAGUGCAAUAAAGGUUUUUAGAGAGGUACCAGUAUGUGUUUAGAGGAUUAUCUAUCCCUUAGAACUCUUAAAGUGAGAGAAA